AUGGCUGCUGCACUUCGUAAUAUCAUUGUCGUCGGAGGAUCUUUUGUUGGACGGUCAACGGCCCAAGAGCUGGCUCGGGUGGUUCCCUCCACACACAGAGUCCUCCUAACUGAGCCCCACAGUCACUUCCAUCACUUGUUUACCUUUCCUCGAUUUGCCAUCGUUCCAGGACAGGAGCACAAGGCAUUCGUUCCUUACAGCGGCAUCUUCUCAGGGACUCCCAAUGCAGAGUCGCACAACGUCGUUCAGGCGCGCGUGACAGACAUCCAGCCACAAUAUGUGGAGCUGGAUCGCGAAUGGCAGGGCUCAAAGCAGAUCCCAUUUGAUUUUAUCGUGGUCGCGACCGGCACACGCCUCUCCAAGCCCGCAGGAAUGGAACAUGAUGACAAGCAAUCCUCGGUAGAUUAUCUUCGGCAACACCAAGCUAAUGUCAAGCGAUCUAAGUCAAUUGUCAUUGUUGGUGGAGGUGCUGUCGGUGUGCAAAUGGCGACUGAUCUCAAGGAGUACUACCCAGAGAAGGAUAUCACAGUGGUUCAGUCUCGACCUCGGGUGAUGCCAAGCUUUCACCCUGGCUUACAUGAACUCGUUAAGCGACGAUUCGAUGAACUUGGAAUUAAAUUGAUUACUGGUGCUAGAGUUGUUGUCCCGCCAGGUGGUUUCCCUACUACUGGCGAAACAUUCACUGCGGAGCUUACCAAUGGAGAGUCAGUGUCCACGGAAUUUGUGAUCUUGGCAACUGGUCAAACACCAAACAACCAACUGGUCAGCAACCUGGAGCCAUCUACGCCUGAGUCGCCAUCUGUUCUUAACCCUGAGAAUGGGUAUAUUCGCAUUCGACCAACGAUGCAGUUCUUGGAUGAGAAAUACUCUAACCUAUUUGCGGUCGGCGACAUUGCCGAUACCGGAGCUCAGAAGGCCGCACGACCUGGAUCUGCACAAGCCGCUGUGGCAGCCAAAAACAUUGUGUCUAUGAUUGAGGGUCAGGAACCAAACGAGACAUUCGUCAAGGGACCCGGUGCUAUUCACAUCACAUUGGGCAUGAAAUAUAACGUUGUUUUCCGCAACCCCAAUGUCGCCGAAGGACAGACUGAGCCUUGGAUUAACGAGAAGCAAGAUGGCCGAGAGGAUAUGAAUGUCGAAGCCAUGUGGGGAAGGCUGGGCAUCUCGGUUGACAACCCUCGCCAAUAUCAUCUAUAA